AUGGAUGGACAUCGUAGACCGCAGGGAUGGGGAGGACCACCUCAAGCUACUCCCACCCAUCAUACGUCGGACGAAGAACUCGACGCGUUCAUCCAACGUGUGCUUGCUGACGCGGGACUACCUGCUGAUGUGAAUCCCCUGCCGGUCAUGCAGGAGCCUGGGAGGAUGGAUUAUUAUGAGGAACGCGCGAGCGAAUCCGACUCGGCCUUGUUCUCAGCUGGCGCCUCCAACUCCGCCUCCAUCCCUGGAAUGCCUCCCAUUGGUCGCAAUCUUCGCUCAUUCAACUCUGGACAACAAAAUUUACCGAACCUUCCAUCAUACUAUCCAACGGUUCCAACCUAUCAUCAGGAGAUUCGCUCGAACACCAACAAUUUGCGUCUUCCUCGACCUAUUUAUCAAGGGAACAUCCUUGCCGGUAUGGCCCCCAGUCGUGGACCCUUUUCUCAAGCGUCUCGGGAGACUAGGUCGGCCCCAUCGCGGCCUGCAACUCAAUCCGCAUCGUCUUCUUACUCCGCUGCUCAUUCUCAUGCAGACGAUUCGGCUUCGCCAGCGUUUCGCAUACUGGGCCCGUGCGGUCUCUUCCGAGUCGCCAGUCAAGAUCUCGGAAAGCCACCGAAGUCAAACGGGCGUGGCAAACAGCCCAUUGCGCAGAAGCAACAGAAGCAAGCUGAGACUGUAGCGCCAACUGGAUCGACGGAGACUCACUUGGAUUGGAUCACCGAGCGAUUUGCACCCCACGACUAUCAUGGCAGGGCACGGAUCAAACACCCACCGCCAGCUAGGCUCUCUACUGAGGUCUUCCACGAGACUUCACGCCUCGCAUCCCAUCGCUUUGUUUACUACAACGCGUUCCCCUCGAAUACGGAGUACGAUAGCCGUUUCGACCCACUACUUUACGCGGCCUAUGUUCAUCACAACAAGGAAAUGGAGAUUGAUGGGUGGCAAAACGAAAAACCCCAACUCAAGAUCUUUCUUACGACUGGGGAACUCCAAUUAUACGACGACUUGCUAACUCUGGCGGACAUGAUAUGUUUCGAGCACUACCUUCUGGACAUCCCUGAAGGCACGAUUAAUCCGGGAAACCUCGAUGCCGACCAACCUCUCAACGGCGACACUCGAUUCACUCAUCCUGCCAUUACGGAAAUGAUCGUCAAAAUCACCCAACACAAACAUCUUGGGCUCCCCCUCAGCGGCUAUGGUAUUCCACCUGCCAUGGUGGCGCUGGUGGUGACCCUGCUCGCUCAAGCUCUAUACACCUUCGCUUAUGGUAGUGAUCCCAUUUUGGACAACACGAUCGUGUUUUAUCAUCGGGCUUUGAUUACGGUUAUUUCGCUGCUUUACCACGAAUCCGUCGAUGGGUUCAUGUUCACUCGCCACCUUCUGAACCUUGUAAACGAACCGGGGGUGAAUCGGAAGCGCAGAGCGGGUGUUACCGCUGCUCCGAGGUGUUCCCAGUCUUCCAACCCUCUUCGCGGUCCAUCUCCUCCUACACUCUCCGUCCUGCCUGUUCCACCGCCUCCAGUCCGACCUAGUAUUGCCAAUAUUGCUGUCGAUGGUGGCGCCAUGAGGAGUGAGGAUGACUUGACUUACAAGCUAGGAGACAUUCUCAAAGCGUCCGCCAAUGUUCGGAGAUGUGAAAAUGAAGGGACUCCCGCUCAUGUCAGCUUCGAGUUUGAGCAACUGUUCCAGUUCCACGUCGCGACUUACAUGGACAACGAUAUUGCUGGCAUUCCACAAGCGUUGCAAAAAUCAGGACGCCCCGACUUCGAUGGAUCAUUGGAUUCUGGCGGCAGAGAAGUUAAGGGGAACCAAGAGCUGUUGCUGGAAAGUGCAUGGAGAACGACUCAAUGGCUGGACCAGAAAGAAGCCCUUGAGGAGCAGAUUAAUCAGCUUCCCGAAGUGCCUACGCCACGACGACGUGUCUUUGAAGCUUUCAUCUCCAUGCUCAAGCUUCCGGCAGCCCUGGAUAAAAACGUGGAGUUUACUAAGAUUCUUGAAGACGCUAUGCAGCUGUCACUCCGCAAAUGGGUCGCUCUCCCGCCUCAGCUUUCUGCUGCUCAUGUCCCAUUGUUGCAACACUUUCAACAAUUCGUGGAGCUACAAGAGGCCGUCCAGAUUCUCGGCUCAUUGUCACUCACGACAGCGCAUCAUCUCGAGAAAAAGUCUUCCGAUCUCAAGAUGGUCCUCUUGAGAUGUAUUUGGAGCGAUUUGGUCGCUUGGAGGCAGAACGUCUUCCACGCCAUCAACCAUACCUAUAUUCCCCUCAUCACAAAUAACGGGGCAGGGAAUAAUACGCAGACGUUUGGAUAUCGUGGCUGCCACGAGACUGCCUGGAUCAUCAACCGCUUCGCCCACGCGGCUCGCAAACACGACCUCCUCGAUGUUUGUUUUACGUCGUUAACGAAGAUCUACACCCUUCCGAAUAUCGAGAUCUCUGAAGCGUUCCUCAAGCUGCGCGAGCAAACCCGUUGUCAUUAUCAGAAGCCAAACGAUCUGCAAGCUGGUCUCGAGGUUAUCAAUAACACCAACCUUGUCUUCUUCUCUGUCGUCAAUUCUUCACUCUCAAAGGCAUGUUCCCUGCCCGCUUCAAGCGCAACGAAGAUGCGAACAAUGCAUUUGGACAGGCUGUUCAGCUUGAAAUGA